AUGUUUGGUGGUCAGAAGUUGGCAGCUUUGUGGUCAAAAACAUAUGUCAGCAUUGUGAUCAAGAAAAUGGCAACAUUGAGGUCAAGAGAAGAUGGCAACAUUGCUGUCAAGAGAAGAUGGCAACAUUGUGGUCAAGAGAAAAGGCAACAUUGUGGUCAAGAGAAGAUGGCAACAUUGCUGUCAAGAGAAGAUGGCAACAUUGUGGUCAAGAGAAAAGGCAACAUUGUGGUCAAGAGAAAAGGCAACAUUGUGGUCAAGAGAAGAUGGCAAUAUUGUGUGGUUUUACUAGACACAACAAAAAUCAGUCGUUUAGAAUGGACAACAUACAAGGGAGGUUCUCAGGACAGCUCCAACAAUGGGUGGAGAGAAGGCAGUUACACAGCAGAGAAUGGCAACCCUGUACGUGUGUAUGCUUCAUGUUCGGUCAGCAGUCAGGGGGUGGACAACUGGCUGAGGACACCCUUCAUACCACGAGGAGAUGCCAACAGCUUACAUAUAGAAAUGACAUUUUCCAUGAGGCGAUGUGUAAAACACAAUGACCCUAGCAGCCUUCAGCAGUGUAAGGAGACAUACAACCUUUAUUACUAUGAGGCGGACUCCGAUAUUGCUAACGAAAUGAUGCCAAUGUGGGACGAAAUCUCAUACCAAAAUAUAGACAAGAUUGCUGCUGAUCAUCUAUAUGAUGACAACUCUAAUUUAAAAAUAAAUAAAGAGGACAGGGAAGUACCACUAAAUCGUGGUCUUGGUGGUGUUUAUUUCGCAUUCCAGGAUACAGGAGCAUGUGUAACACUGAUUUCUAUCAAAAUUUACUAUGUCAUGUGUCCAAAUGUGACUUUGAAUUUUGCAUUCUUCAUGGAAACUCCGACUGGAGACAGUCCGCAGGCUCUGGAGGAGCGGAAAGGUGUGUGUGUGGCAAACGCUGCAGAAGAAUUGCUCCCUACCUACCUGUGUCGCAGUGACGGGACAUGGUUCUAUGCCAAAGGCAGUUGUCAGUGUCUACCUGGAUAUGAAGGUCAUAAUAGCCUUGAGUGUGUUGAGUGUCGAGCUGGAUUCUAUAAAUGGGAGCUUGGAAACCAUCCCUGCAGUAGCUGUCCUGCCCACAGUUUUACCACCGCACCAAAGUCUGUCGAAUGUACAUGUGACGAGGACUUCUAUCGCAGCGAGACUGAUCCCAAGAGCAUGCCUUGCACACAGCCACCUUCAGCCCCACAAAACGUUGCUGUGCGACAGUAUACCCACAAUUCUAUCACAGUCACAUGGAGCCCUCCUAUGUACGAUGGUGGACGGAAUGACGUCAUGUAUCGUGUUGACUGUCAGCAAUGUGACAGCAGUGUUGGCUUUACACCUGACAAACCAACCUUUAACUCCACAAGUGUCAUUCUGUCAGGAUUGCAGUCCAGUACAACCUACAACAUUCGGAUAUAUUCAGAAAAUGGCGUCACGAAGGCAAGUAAAAAACCUGCACAGUAUGGAGAGGAUUCUUCCACAACGCUAAGCAGUCGCCCUACAAUCGUCAACGUCCAUGUUGUAUCUGUUGGGGACUCAUAUGUGUCCAUAUCUUGGGAGAAAGCAACAGAGUUGAAGGAUACAAUACAUGAAUACCAGGUCAAGUGGUACCGCCGCUGGAAGGGUGAAGAAAAGACGAAUUCCACCAAUGUACAGAACUUCACAUUCCGAAACCUGCUCCGUGACACAGAAUAUAGUUUUCAGGUGCGAGGCUAUUCCACAGUGAAAGGUUGGGGAGACUUCAGUCAACCUCUCCAUGUGAUGACUGGAUAUGCAGAUGGUGUCACCUAUUAUAGAGAUGAGACAAAGUUGGAUGCCCCUCUGCCUUCAAUUGGCAUCAUCAUAGGAUCCAUUGUCGCUGUUUUCCUCUGUAUGGCUAUUGCAGCAAUUAUGAUUUACCUGCUUGUAAAAAGAAAUCAGAACCAGUGUAACGAGACGAAGGGUGGAGAGUGUGACACCCUUCACUAUAGCCACGGUGAGGCGACAGUGCCCUUGUUCCCUCCACCUGGCUCAUACAAGACAUAUGUUGAUCCACACACCUAUGAGGACCCAAAUCAAGCUGUUCGGGAAUUCACACGAGAAAUAGAUGCUUCACAUAUCACUAUUGAGUCUGUCAUCGGAGGAGGUGAAUUUGGUGAUGUCUGCAAAGGCAAACUUCGUAAGCCAUCACACCCUGAAAUGACUGUCGCAAUUAAAACACUCAAACCAGGAGCUACAGAUAAAAAUCGUCUAGAUUUCCUGACAGAGGCCAGCAUUAUGGGACAGUUUGACGACCCAAACGUCAUAUUCCUGGAAGGAGUCGUCACAAAAAGUCAUCCUAUAAUGAUAGUGACAGAGUAUAUGGCAAAUGGUUCACUAGACACAUACCUCAGGAAUAAUGAUGGAAAAUUCACAAUAAUACAGUUAGUUGGGAUGAUGCGUGGUAUAGCAGCUGGAAUGAGAUACCUCUCUGAGAUGGGAUAUGUACACAGAGAUUUAGCAGCUAGGAAUAUUUUAGUUAAUGAAAACUUGGUGUGUAAAGUGGCUGACUUUGGUCUAUCUCGAGAAGUAGACAUUGACACUACUGAUGGUGCUUAUACCACAAAGGGAGGAAAGAUUCCUGUGAGAUGGACAGCACCUGAAGCAAUAGCAUUCCGUAAAUUUACCACCGCCUCCGAUAUCUGGAGCUACGGGGUAGUAAUGUGGGAGAUUAUAUCGUAUGGGGAGCGGCCAUAUUGGAACUGGUCUAACCAGGAUGUGAUCCGAGCUGUAGAGAAAGGGUACCGCCUACCUCCCCCAAUGGAUUGUCCUGAAGCCAUUCACCAACUCAUGCUGGACUGCUGGCAGAAGGACCGAGGCAACCGUCCAAAGUUUGUACAGAUCGUCAAAUCUCUAGACAAGUUCAUCAGAGCGCCAGAACUUCUACGCAAAAUUGCAAAACCAAGGCCGGAACACCUGAUGGACGCAGGUUUCUCUGUACAAGAGGUACCACAGUACACCAAUGUAGAGAGUUGGCUGAUUUCAAUCAAAAUGGAGAAAUACAUAGACAAUUUCCUUCAGGCAGGUUAUCGUACGAUGGAACAGGUUGCGACAAUAACUCCUAAGGACCUUGAAGUCACGUUACAAAUUACAUUAAUAGGCCACCAGAAGAAAAUCAUGAACUCCGUACAAACGCUACGCGUACAAAUGUAUGGACUACAGUUUCCACAGAUGUCCGAUGGAUUCCUCGUAUAGCAUAAAUUGUUCAUCAUCACAACAGCUUUUGUAUGUGUGUGUGGAAUAUUGUGUUGUUGUGUGCUACUGACAUCGCCCACGUUUGUGUCUGUCGCAACAAACCUACUCAAGUUGGCUUGGAAUCACCGACAAAUCCGCUUUUUUGAAAUCAUCCAAACUUGCCGUGGGUCAAAGGUUGUCGAUUACUGGAAACCUUAUGUGUGUACGUUGUUGGUGGAGAAGUAUUUAUUUACAAACUGAAUCUGCCCGCUAGUACAAUACAAUCUAACACUCCAGACAUUGUGCAGACAGAUGAUGUUGUGUCACCCAGGUUGUGUCAACUUGUACAGACGGCAACAUAAAGAUGAAAAGUCAUCAGUGUCAAGGCCAUAUUCCCCAAUUUUGUGUGUUAUUGUGUCUCUAAAGGAUGGUUGUUAUGUGAGUGUCUGCUUCAUUUUGUAUAUUCAUCAGGCUUCGCUGUGAUUGGUUGACUGAAUAGAGAUUACCAUGGUUGCAAAUAAUUUUGGCCAAUUGGAUUUACCUUAAUUUGUUUGAUGGGAUCUGCUGUCGCCCAGGGAAUCUUCAGUGUGUGAGGAACAUUUAUCUCCACAGUGUGUUGUAGUAUUUUAGUACAAGUUCAGCUGUCAAAGUGAGAUUGUGUAAAAAUUGAUAUAACCUAUUCUGUUAUUUUUAGGUAAAUUUUGAACGAAAACGUAACUAAAGCAUAUUAUUUUGUAAAGUUAUCAUUUAUUCGAAUAUGCAACAUUUCCUUAAUUAAGUGUGCAUUUGAAGGCAGUGUGAUAGUUUCUGUGGGAUGAUUGACUUUGUUUGGGAGAUUAAAGCAAUGUGACAAUUUUGCCAUGGUAGACAUGGAGCCAGUAUAACUGGCAUAUAUCACAUGACUGUCACAUGAUGUGUGACAUAUCACAUGACUGUCACAAGAUGUGAAAAAUAUAACAUGCCUGUCAUACGAUGUGUGACAUAUAUCACAAAACAGUUGAAUGGUUUGUGAACAGUAUUUAUGUGUUCUGUAGGUGAGUGGUUUGUGUAUUCCAUGAUAUAGGGUGUGCGCUGGUUAGAUUUUCAACAGAACAGUCAUCUCAUUAUUUCCUCUCAAAUUUCGUUCUGCUUUAAAAAAAAUCAUUUUGAGUUCUUAGAGAUGCUUAGCGUUAUUUUCAGAAAAAUUCCAAUUUGUUUUAAAUUUCCAAAUAGUGACAGAUGUUGUUCUGAUAAAAAUCUACCCAUAGCUGUUGACAACUAAUGUACAUAUAAUUUUGACAUAUUUAUUGUGAUAUUCCAAAUGUUCUGUAUACAAACCCCGUCAUGUUACCUCAUUUUAAUGUAGACAUUUUAUAAGUGAAACCCUUGUGAUUUUCUUUUAGCUGAUAAAAAAGACUUUGGAUAUGUUCAAUGUAUUCUCCCAGCGUCUCACUGUUUGAUUUGUUGGUUCAUUUAAAGCCGCUUUAGUCCUAGCCGAGGUUGCUCGCCACUUUUCACCGUUGCUGCGUGAUUACUGGAAACCAUUACAUUAAGACGGGAUAUAAUAGCAAUUUUUGUUGUGUUCAUUUUAGUUGUUGAUGUUGCUUUGUAGAUGUUUUUUGUUGUUUUAAAACCUGGCGUUAGAGAACUUGACUAAAUAUCUUAAUGAAAAGGUUGAUUAAAUAGUCUUACAGGUUCCCUAUUACUUUAGGAUAAUUUUAUUCUUUUUAGGCAUAGAUAGUGAUUUUAUUCGUGUAUGCUUUUAGCACAGGUCCUGGUGCUGUUUCAUACAACAUUUAACAGAUUGAGACAUGAAACAUUACACAGAAUAUCAAACCAAGUUUUUACCCAAACAGAAAAAUGUAAUAUUACACUGAAUAUCUAACUUAGUUAUACAUGUAUGAGAAAUUAAAUAAAAGUUUGAAUUCUAAUUGGAUAUUUUUGUUGAUCAAAGAACGCCAUCUGUCCUUUGUCACUCAUUAUUAGGGUAUUCCUAGACACAAUAGUACAACCCAUAUCACUUACUGUUGUAGUGCUUAACCUCGCCAGUUUCACUGUACGUCAAUUAUAUUUUAAGUUAUGAUGAUGGUAAUGUUGUUUCAUGCUUUCUUUCUAAAUGAAAAUCCCACCAGUGGUAAACUGUAUAGUAAACAUUCACAACUUACUGAAGAUAAAUGGUAAAAAUUUCAGAUUCCUAAACGGCAAAGUUAGAAUUUCGGUAUAUGGUUUGUUUUCUAUAGUGUUGAAUUGGCAGGGUUUCACUAUGUGUUAUGGUGAUAUUGAUAUGAGUAAUCUCGGUCAUGUAACAACAUAGAUAGAGGUAAGGCAUGUGAUACUGAGGUGAAGACAGGUCAAGGACGAUAAGAUGUAUCUCAAAGUCAAGCAUAAGGUCAUGAUUCUCAAGGUCAAAUGAUCAUGAGGUCAGGUAGUUCAAGGUCACUGAUCAUGACGCCACAUAUCUCAAGGUCAAGGACAUUGAGGUGUCUGAUAUUGGAGAUACAAACACACAUGCUUAUCUUUCACAUGCCUUAUUACCUAGAUAUGUGUUGACUUCACUAACAUGUGUUGGAGAUGUUGUAGUAGAUUACAAUAUAUUGACCCUGCCAGGAUGCUAGUUUGAUUAUACCAUAUCAUUAAACCUUACAUUAGUUUGAUUUUUUUCAUUUUGUUUUCCAGAAAGGUUGUAGGUAAUGAUAGUUCAUUGGAAAUUGGUUUUGGUUAGAUUUUUUUUUUAAACAUUUCCCUUCAAACUCUCAGUUUGAGAAAUGUCCUCAUUUUACGACAAUGUAAAAGAUAUUUUUGAAAUAAUAGAAAGUAAGAAGUUUUAGAGAAUGUUACUGUACGGGAUAUCUUGUGCACUUCCUACAGUGUCUCCAAUCAACCGUGACACUGUGAGAAUGCCAUCACACAGUCAUACUUGUAAGAUGGAUUCUGUAAGAUAUGUAAAUAAGUGUUUACAAAACAGCCUGUAUAUAUAUAUAUAAUUAUAUAUAUAUAUAUAUGCAAAAAGUUACAUGUUUGUGUGGAGAUUAGUCUCUUGUGGUCGACAAACUUUUGUGAAUGAGUAGGUAAGAGACAUGUGUUGGUAGUUGUGUGGAGAGUGCCUGUGUUACGCCUGUGGUUGUAGAUUACGUAGUGAUAUAAACAGGUAUAUGGUACAUUAGAUGUACAAAUGUUUAUUUGACCAGAUUUACAUUUUACUCUUGCUGAAAUUCGAUUUUAUAUUUUAUCUCGACUCCAAAUAUGCUCUAAAUAAAUAAAACCAUUAUGAAACACACUCAAACUCGCAUUAAAAAUUUCCAAAUGGAAAAGGAGUGAUUUUUUUAAUUUGAAAUUUCUGCCUAAAUAAGUGCAUUUUUUUAGUUAAUUGUUUGUUAGUGUUUUUGUACUUUUGAUCAAAGUCAAACUGUGUUUGUUGAAGUUAAGUUUUUGAUAUCAGUGUAGCACUGACAUGGUUUUAAAGUUUUUUUUGCUGCUUUGUUUAUUUUCUCUGUUGUUUUAGAUCUCCACCAUCUUUUAUAGUCCCAUGUAUGUUCUGUAAAUGUUCUGAGAAUGGAAUUUACAUUUUUUGAAAUGAAACAUCAUGAAAAUCAGUUUGAAAAGAGAAAUUUGGUGACUAUAUAUGUUUUAGUGCUUUUUUUUAACCAAUGUCUAAAAGUUUUGCUCAUCUGUCAUUCAGAUUUGUGGUUUUGCACUAUCAUCAAGCUAGAAUAAAUUCAGUUUAUUUUCAAUGACAUGAUUGUUUUUUCUAUUGUACAAAAGUUCUGUAAACGUGAGAAAUGAUUGAUGAGUGGGUGGAUGAGGAGUAGAGUGUCAGUGUGGAUGUUCAGGUGUGGAUGUCCAGUUGGUGUGGAUGUCUGGGUGUGGACUGUCCAGUUUGUGGACUGUCCAGUUUGUGUGGAUGUCCAGUUGGUGUGGAUGUCCAUAUAUGUGUGGAUGUCUGGGUGUGGACUGUCCAGUUUGUGUGGACUGUCCAGUUUGUGUGGACUGUCCAGUUGGUGUGGAUGUCCAUAUAUGUGUGGAUGUCUGGGUGUGGACUGUCCAGUUUGUGUAGAUGUCUGGAUGUGGACU